AUGUAUGAUAGUUAUAGCAACAAAUUAGAAACAGAUCAUGAAUCAAGCAUGUUCAGAGAAGUUUAUUAUAAUGUAGUUCUAUUCAUUUAUUUCAAGGGAGGUAACGUUUUUUUUUACAAGACUGACACUUUGUUCAACAACACAAAUUUAGUCGACUACUAUAAUUACAACAAAGAUAAUAAUAAUAAUCACAACAAUACAAUAGAUCACAAAACAGCAGAUCAUAUCCAAAAAUAA